GAACUCUCCAGGGCAAACAAAUUCUGGAGCCCUGAUGCCAGAUGGUGUGUAUAUAAAGCGGAAAAUGAGAAAAGCAAUUUACUCUGUUUCUGUUCCGGGGAGAAGUGUCACCCAGAAGGACAGCAAAAGAGAAAUAAAGGACACCAGUGAAGACUUCCCUCCAUAUAGGAAAAGAACUGAAAAAUGAUACUGAGGGUUGCUGUCACCAUCUUCGCUGUCAUAACAUCAUCUACCUGCCAAAAAUAUGGAUGUCUGGAAGGGGACACCCACAAACUGAAGCCAAGUCCUGAGCCAGAUAUGCAUGACUGCACGCUGUAUUCAGAAUCUUCCUGUUGCUAUGCAAACUUCACAGAGCAAUUGGCUCAUUCCCCAGUAAUUAAAGUAAACAACAGCUACUGGAACAGAUGUGGGCAGCUCAGUAAAUCCUGUGAAGAUUUCACAAAGAAAAUUGAGUGCUUUUACCGGUGCUCUCCACAUGCUGCUCGCUGGAUCCAUCCCAGCUACACUGCUGCUAUCCAGGCUGUUCCACUGUGUAAAAGCUUCUGUGAUGACUGGUUUGAAGCCUGCAAAGAUGAUUCUACAUGUGUUCAUAACUGGCUGACCGACUGGGAAUGGAAUGAAAGUGGAGAAAACCUCUGUAAGAAUAAAUGUAUCCCAUACAGUGAGCACAGUCCAAGUCAGCAUAGUUUUGCACAUGGGGAGAUGAGGAGACAUCUCGUAAGGAGAACUUGCAGAAAAUCUGUGGAGCAGAAGCUGCAGGACUACAGAUGAUCAGUCCCACUUCCAUACGAUAGAUUUAACUGUGUAAUAUUUAACUGUUUGUUUGCAAACAGAACACCUUCCAUGCAGAAGUCUCCUGACAAAGAUAGGGCACCUUCUCCUAGAUUCACAUUGUCAGAUCUCUUUACGCACUGCUGCUGCUGAUAAACCAGCACACCAUCCAGAAAUCACAGCACAAAGAGAAAUGCUGUCACAAUACUGAAUCAAUGUCAUGUGCAAGGACUGCUUGUGCUAUCACAGACAAAACAUGUCUUCCUGCAGAGAGAUCCUGGUGACACGGUCAAGGUGGCAAAGUGAAUCAGUGACACAGUCCUGCUGCCUGGUCCCCUGUUUCAGUCAUUAACGGUCUCUCUCCUUAACUCCCAAGGCUUGUGCUCCUGCCAUCUACAUCCUUCCACCCCCAUCUUCAUUCUUAGCUUUGCUUGGGAAGUAUCUAAAGCUUCUUUUAGAAACAUAAAAGACUGAACUUCAAAAAACACACGAGAGAAAAGCAGGCAAGAUAAAGUAUAUAUCCUGCCUGCUCUGUGCCUGGACAUGAUAACUCCUAAGCUAAUUUUCUUUAGGCAAGCUCAACCUGGGAGGACAGAAGGUUGUCACAAUGGGUGCCCGGCAAACAAAAAUAUCUUUGUUGUAUGGCUGCAUGGGUCCUGUGAUGGAGAGGCCCUACAAAAUGAUACAGCAUCAAGAACAGGAUAAACUCACUUGCAGAGAGUGCAAGAAGCUGCAGUUUGCAAUUUCUUGAGCCAGAAGGCCCUUUGCACCACUGGAUAAAGCACAGGCAGACUGGGGGCCCACAGUUGUAUGUCUUCUUUUCAUCAAGCAGUUCCUGAGUUAUGUCCCUUCUCUCUGUGAGGUUCUGCCUGGUCACGAUGUACACUGCAGCAGGCACAGUGUGAUCCCACAGAGCUGUGACUCCACUGGGCUGUCUCAAGCCUGUAAAUAAAGAGAUUCCAGUUUUCAAAACA